GUCAAAUUCACAAAUGUCAUCGGUGAAGAAGUCUCAGGAGUGGCAAAUGUCAAUAUUUGGCUUUAAAUUUAAUUCGUUAAUUGAUAAGCCGUAAUUUUCAAAUAUUAAAAGUUUCAAGUGCUUGUUUGGAAUGGCGGGGGAGGCCAGCCAUAAGAAAAAGGGCAAACUAUCCAGACAGGAGUCCAGUAGGUCAGGAAAGGGGUCAGAAAUAGAUGUUGACAGACCUAUUGCUGGGGCUAGUACCACCCAAGACAAAACGAGGAGUGGUAUUAGAGUUUAUAAAAUAGUUGUGUUAGGCGAUGGUGGUGUGGGUAAAUCGGCUGUUACUUUACAGUUCGUUAGUCAUAGUUUUUUAGAAUAUCACGACCCUACCAUCGAGGAUUCCUAUCAACAACAGGCUGUUAUUGAUGGUGAACCUGCAUUAUUAGAUAUUUUGGAUACUGCCGGACAGGUAGAAUUCACUGCAAUGAGGGACCAGUACAUGCGUUGUGGAGAGGGUUUCCUCAUAUGCUACAGUGUUACAGACCGCCACAGUUUCCAGGAGGCACUGGAGUAUAAAAAGCUUAUUCAAAAAGUGCGCGCAUCUGAAGACACGCCCCUUGUACUAGUAGGCAACAAAUUUGAUCUCCACCUGCAGCGUAAAGUUACAACGGAGGAGGGCAAGUCUCUAGCCAGGCAGUUCGGUUGUCCCUUCUAUGAAACAUCUGCCUGUUUGCGGACAUACGUCGAUGAUGCCUUUCAUACUCUGGUCAGAGAGAUUCGGAAGAAAGAACGGGAGAAGAUAUGUCUGUCAGGUAGCGAACAUAAGCCGCACAGACAUAGCAAGUGGUGGAGAUUACGGAGUAUAUUUGCUCUUGUAUUCAAACGAAAAAGACAUCAGAAUUUUAGCUCUUAGGUUAUGUUUCCGAUGCAGCUUGAACGAUGAUUUGUUAGAGGAAUGAGGUUGGUGUAAGCAUUUUUUUGCUGUAGAUGUAAUUUUUUUGCCAAGCAAUGGAAUUGAAAUGCCUUACUUGAUGACUUGAGUUAGAAGACUUCAGAGAUAGUUGAGAAGAUGGAUACUAUUAUUUUUUUUUUUGGUAACAUGACAAAAUUUCACAAAAUCUUCGCAUUCUUGAAAAUUUUAAAAAAAUCAAACUCCUAAAAUGCUUAAAAGUUUUCAUAUACAGGCUGUCCAUAAGGAAGUGCACAGACUUUAGGGAAAUAUUCCUCUGAUAAAAAUAAGCAAAAAAAAAAGUUUAUAUAAGUCUUGGUCUUGGAAUACACCGUUUUUGAUAUAUAGCUUUUAAAUAUUUUGGAAAAAUGUGUUUUUAUUUCGUAUUUCAAGAACGCUUGAUGAUAGUAAACAUUUAACAUAGCUAGUAAUACCUACAUUUAGAAUUUACAGACCCUGCUAAUAAUUGUGUCUUAGAUAUGGGGGAUCAGCCUCUUUUUAAAACAUAACUUUUACACCCAGGAACGUAUUUUCCUAGGGGCGAUUGCCUGGGGUGGUAAAUUUUAAAAUCUGAUUAAAAAACACAAUCAGCGACUUACCGAUAUAAAAUUCCAAAACCUAAUUCUUAAAAAAAAAACAAUCAGCACCAAGAUAGAAAUUUUGUUAGAUCUUGCUGGGGCCCCCGAUCUCGGCUAUAGCCCUCGCUAGAUCCAGGUCUAAACGGAAGAGCCAUCCCUCUGGGUUUUCAUAGAAAAAAAAAAUGCAAGUUUUAAUUUAUCAGCUUGGAUUUUUUUUUAUGUUUACUAACAAGUACUGGGCUGCCGCUCCUAUUCGCCCAAGAUGUAUAAUUUACAAAUACAUCCCUGUUUACGCCUAUGUCUUUAAAAAUAUCAAUAUGAUACAACUACUGAGUGGGUUGCAUGUUCCAUUCAUUUGGGUAUGAGUGAGAUAUAACCUAUAAAGUAUAUCGAUGAGUUUUUGCCAAAGUAUUGUAAGUAACAUUUUUGGCCAAAACUAAACUCUUCUGGUCAUCUGUAACAGGUCUAAAUGGAUGAUUUGCCAAACUCUCAUAGGUGUUUGAAAACAAUUUAUUGAAAAAAAAAAAACGGUUUUAUUGUAGGCGUAAAUCUACUUAUUUUAUUUAAGGCUCCGCCAACACAUCGUAAGACACGUUAUUUAGCAAACCUAUCAGCAGCGUAUCGCAUGUACAAUCACAUGAUGUUGCUUGCGAUAGUAAUUUUGCUACUUACGUUACUUUUAGAGUGUUAUUGUAUUCCAGUCUAGUAUCUACUAGUAAGUUCAUUUUAUAAAAAAAUAUAAAAAAUGUUCGGUAUUAGUCCCCAAACUAUUGAAAAUUAUCUAGAUUAAUUGUUUCCAACUGACUAGAGAAAUAAUUCAAUGUUGCCACACUGAUUUACCCAGGUACAAUAAAAAACAAUUCCAAUCUAUAAAACUAACUCGAUUCUUUACAAAACACUAAUUGUUUAUGAAAACAUAAAAGGUGAUUCAGAAUUUAUCCAAAAAAAAUUCGGAUGUACAGAGGAUGCUUACAAAUACAAUUUUGUAAAAAAAAAGAAUC